UUUUGCAGGGGUUACGUUUGCAGUCAGUUCGCUGUUUGCAAAUAUUGUGUGGGCUCGGGCGCGUCCCCGCUCCGCCAGGACCCGAAUCCGCGGCGCCCGCGCUGCCCCGUGUGCAUGCACCUUCCCCCGGCGCGCAGGCCCGGCCGCGCUCCCGACCAGCCCGCACACCCCCUACGCCCGCGCGGCGGGGCUGCCCCGUCCUCCCCGACAUGGAUGUGCUCCCCAUGUGCAGCAUCUUCCAGGAACUCCAGAUUGUGCACGAGACCGGGUACUUCUCGGCGCUGCCCUCCCUGGAGGAGUACUGGCAACAGACCUGCCUGGAGUUGGAGCGUUACCUCCAGAGUGAACCCUGCUACGUGUCAGCCUCAGAAAUCAAAUUCGACAGCCAGGAAGAUCUGUGGACCAAAAUCAUCCUGGCCCGGGAGAAAAAGGAGGACUCGGACUUGCCGCUUUCCUCCAGCCCCCCAGAGGAUGCUCUGAACAGCCCCAGCUGUGGUUACAACCUGGAGACCAACAGCCUGAACUCUGAUGUGAGCAGCGAGUCAUCUGACAGCUCCGAGGAACUCUCGCCUACCACCAAGUUUACCUCCGACCCUAUCGGCGAAGCUUUAGUCACCUCGGGGACCCUGAGCUCCUCUGUCACCUCCACACCCCCUUCGUCUCCAGAACUGAGCAGGGAACCUUCUCACCUGUGGGGCUGUGUGCCCGGUGAGCCGCACCCUCCUGGGAAGAUGCGCAGUGGGACUGCGGGGAAGCCAGGUGACAAAGGUAGCGGGGAUGCCUCCCCAGAUGGCCGCAGAAGGGUCCAUCGGUGCCACUUUAAUGGCUGCAGAAAAGUUUACACCAAAAGCUCCCACUUGAAAGCACAUCAGCGCACUCACACAGGAGAGAAGCCUUACAGAUGCUCAUGGGAAGGGUGUGAAUGGCGUUUUGCAAGAAGUGAUGAGUUAACCAGACACUUCAGAAAGCACACUGGUGCCAAGCCUUUUAAAUGUUCACACUGUGACAGGUGUUUCUCCAGGUCCGACCACCUGGCCCUACACAUGAAGAGGCACCUCUGAGGGAGCAGAGAGGAUCCUUCGGGCUGAAAAGGCUUCCGGGCUGAGACGGCCGUGGAAGGAGGGUGCGUGUUCCAGCCAAAGCAUGCCAUUUGCACCCUGCCGAGUGGCCUCUGGGACCCCUACUUGGAAGGUCUUUCGAGGGCGAAGAGAGUCAUGUCAGAAGCAGCAAAGCAUCCGUGGUGUGUGGUGUUUGGGUGGCUCUGAACUCGCCACUGGUACCUGUCUUCUGCGUGGUCCCUAAGCCUUUGCCGUGAGCAUGUGUGCAGAGAACGCUGCUGGCUGAGUGUGUGGAAGAUCUGUCAUGGACUGUGUGAAGCAGCAGUCUUGUCCCUGUGGUAGGAAGACUGCAAGGAAUGAAAACAUGUAGUUUGAAUGUUUUGUGUGUGAGGAAUAUGCCAUGAGAUGAGAUGACCACCAGUCAUUUCCCGGGGGGGUGGGGUCUGCGCCUUAGGAAAAAAAAAGGGACACGUGGAGGGCGGGAGUGGGCGGUCAGGACCACGGAGUGGUGAGGGGUGUGUGUGGGGUGGGGGGCCCUUCCCCUGUGAGAGGACUGUAGUGUCCGGUGCAGCUCUGAAACGUGCAAUGUGUCAAGUAGCUUGUUCGACUUGCUACAACAGAGCUCAUGUUACCCAUUGUAUAAGCUGUGUAUUUACAAAUAUAACACGUGGAUAACUUUUCCUUAUAAGACAAAAGUAAUGCAUGGUCUGGGGAACUAUCUGCUUUUCCAUUUUUAAAUCAGGACUACAAUUUUAAUUCUGGUUACUGAGCAGCUAAGAUAUGAUUGGUCAGAUUCAGUGAUUCCCUAGCCAUCUGGGCCUGGCAAUACACAAUCCUUACCCCCCCUUCAAUUUGGUAACACUCUGCUUCCAGAAAGGCAUUGUGCAGCAUAGGAGUAUUUUUUAAAUGAUUCUGAAUUUGAAUUACCUUUUUGGAGAAUCUCGUGAUGCCCUUUGAAGACAUUGGACACACGUUGGAUGUGAAGAAUGCUGGGGUUGGGAAUUGCUAGUCUAAUGUUACAUUAGACUAAAACCUAAAAUUGUUCUCAGUUGGGUGGAUAAAACCACUAAAGCUUAGAAACUGUUUUCUCAUGCAGCUAAGUUUCUCUUAUUUAUGCCUUGAGGACUAAUUUCUGGUUUUCUAGCUGUUAAUGCACUGUAGAUCUUAAUGGUGCCUUAUGCAAGUGGCCCCUUAUGUGGGGGUCUCAUACAGGGGUAUGGGUGAUGCACGCUUUAUUAAGGCUCUUUUCUCACCUGGUAUUGUACUGUAUCGAUGUAUAAUACAUAAAAAAAUAUCCUUAAGGUCCUCUUUCACAAAGACAAAGAGGUGAAAACUCCCCAAACAAGUCAGUAUUUACUUGGUAUUUUAGACAACUUGACUGUCAGUGUUAAAGUGGAGAACACAUCGAUAAUUGGAAAAUUGGACCAUUUCUGCCACCGUGAGACUGUCAAAUAGACUUUGCACAACAAUUGUAUAGAUCACACACCGGCUGUAUUUAAUAUGUAAUGUUUUCACACAUAUUAAAAGUACAGAAGUAUAAAAAACAAUGUUAAUGUAUUUGCUUAAAAGGCACAAGCUUCCAUAUCUAUCUAGCUAUCUGUUGGUAAUACAGAAAGUAUAUUACUUUUUUAAAAAAGUGGGCAGAAUUCUUGUGUAUGUAUAUUUGUGUGUAUAGUAUGUGUAUGUGUGUGUGUGUGUGUGUGUGUGUGUGUAUAUAUACAUAUAUAUAGAUAAUAUAUAAAUAUUUUUUUAAGGAGAACUUAGAAUGUUUAGCUAGAAAAUUCCACAGCCUGUGAAGAAAUUUCAAAAUGGCCAUAAAGGAAGUAAAAAUGAAAACCAUAACUUUUAUAAAAGUUUUAUCUUUAAUUUAAUGAUUUGCUACGGACUCUUGGCAUCAAAUCUAUUCCAGACUGCUGACUUUCCUCAUCAUUAUUGGCAGGUCUGGGAUAGGGCACCUUUUGGCCAUUCAAAAGUGGCACGAACAGAAUACUAGCCCACUAAUUGGCCUCGGACACACUAUGGUUUUGAUUCUGAAUUUCAGCCUUAUUAGAAGAUCUAACCUAACAGUAAGCUAAUCACAGGGAUUCUUUUUUAGAAUGCUUUUUAUGCAGAUGAAGCUAUUUUUUCCAGCACAUAGAUUCUUCCAGUUUUUCCAACAAGUAAUUUCCCCGAAUUGGCAUACGGCAGCAUGGACAGUUGAUAUUUCAUCCAGCUGCUGGCUGGUGGGUGUGGAUCUUUUCUUUAUAUAUACAUAUAUAUAAAGAUAUAUACAUACAUAUACAUUGUGUGUGUGUGUGUGUGUGUGUGUGUAUGCACAUAUUAGUCUGGCUGGGCUGGUAUUUUGUUUGCUCUUCCUGGAAAUGAGCAAUGAUGAAAGCUCACAUGACCGGUUUUUUAUCUGGGCUGAUGAAUACACUUACCUAAAGAACUCAUUUCAUUUUGCUGAGGGGGGAAAUGCACUUUUCUUUUGGCAAUUCCAAAUCCAGGCACUUGAUUUGCUGGGUUUUGGGAAACUCCUUGUCUGGCCCUGCUGUAUGCUUAGCCAUAACCAAUUCCAUUAAGCAAGAAGGUAAACAAAAGACAAAAAAGAAGAAGAAAAAAGACUUGCACUGGCUUGUCUCACUUAGGAAACACCAUGGAGUUAUUUGAUGGGGUGGGGCUGGGUGCCAUAUGUCAAUGCCUGUAAUUUUCAUAAUAAGCAAGUACAUAAGGAAUUACAUUCUGUUCAGGUGAUAACUGAGCCUCAAUCAAGCAGAAACUUUUUGCUUGACAUUAAAAAAAAAAAUUUCUAUUAGUGAAAUUUCUUUUUUUUUUUGAAGCACCCUGUUAUCUAAAGAAUCUUUGUAAGAUUUUUGUAAAAUUUUGUUUUACAAGAUUUUAUUUGAAAUUGUUUUUUGCAAGAUUGUUAUAUUUCUGUAUGAAUGUAUUUUUUAUUCGAAUAACAUAAAAGAAUUCUUAUCAGCA